AUGGCUGUAGGAGCGGAGCAGCUGCGUGCGGCCGAGUUGCAGAAGCGGCAGGCGGACUUCGCGGCGCAGGCCGCGCAGACGGGGCCCUCGUCUAUGCUUCCGGGGCCGCGGUCAUCGACGGGGUCCAUGGACCCUACGUACGACGCCAAUAUGGCGAAGAUGGUUUGCAAUAAUCCGCAUUGGUCGAGUCUGUUUCCUGGCGUGAAUCCGCAGGAUAUGCAAACUAUGUAUGGUUAUGGCUAG